AAAUUACUGCAAGCCAUGGUCCUGCUUACUCUAGGGCAAGAGGUGGAUGCAAGGAUUUGUUUGGAUGCUUUGGGAAACAACCAAGCAGCCCAGUAUGUCCACCAGACCAAACUGGCUGCUUCAGGAGUGCAGGAAAAUGGGGAGGAUUUGCAGCCUCCCCAGCUGGACGCAGGUGCCAUGGAGCUCCUGGCACGGAUCUACUCACUCUUGCUGGAGGAAAAACUCUGCAGUCAGGAAGCCAUGGACAAAGCUUGCCAGGCUGCCACCCAAACCUGCAGUGGCAGCAGGGAGGCUCAGGGGGACAGACCAAACAGCAUGCCAGCUGGGGAGCAGGAGAAGCAUGGCUCUGCUGUCAGUGUGGGCCCAGAUGACACAUUUCAGACACUGAGGUCUGAUGUGGAUGGAGGGUUUCUCAAGACAGCCACUCCAGAACAGAUUGGAGGCAUCUCAGACCCUUCAGGCCCACAGACCUUGUGCUCCUUGGGAAGUCCCUCUUUCUCCAGCCACUUUGAGAUCAGUGCAUCACCAACAGUUGCUUUUCACACCCUACCUUCUUCCCAUGAGUGUGUCCCCAGGCCCAGCCAGACCUGUGAAGGGAGCACCACUGGUGCUGGACAGCCUGAUGGGGACACACACAGCCACAGCCCACAGGAAACAAGCUGGGCCAGCACAUCCAACUCUCAUCCUGGGCAGGAUGCAUGUGCCCAAGGCCCCCAACCAGAGAUGGCUGGUUCAGGUGACCCAAGUCUCCCUACUCCUGAGAUGCAGCUGCCCAUAAUGGGUCCCAUGAACCAGCCUGUGGAAAGCAGUGACGUUUCCAGCACAGUGGCAGCAGAACCUCAAGCACCAGAAGAACAGACAAACAAAAGGGAAGAUGAAAAGCAAUUGUCUACAGGGCUUCCCAACUCAAGAGCUACAGCAGAUACUGGGCCUGCCCACAUGUCCAUGGAGAACUCCUAUGUUCCAGCAGGCAUUCCUUCUAACUCUGCAUCCCCUUCCAUUUUAACCCAUCCCUUUCCUCCUCCUCCUGCCUAUUCCAUCCCCUCAACCCUUCCUCCUCCUUUUCAGGGAGCUCCUUCCAAUUUGUCAUAUUCCUCUCCCCUCCCUUCAUCACCUUCUCCAGCCUGGCCUCCUCCUCUCAAAACAACAGAACCAGUGUCCACAGCACAGCUGGAUGGUGGAGAGAGAAAAUUUUUCACUUUUGUCAUCCUGCAUGCUAGUGAGGAUGAGACUGUUGCCCAUCGGGUCAAGACCCUGCUGGAGCACAUGGGGGUGCCCAAUGGUGCCACACUCUGUGAGGACUUCUCCAUUGCUGGCUGCAGCCACAUGUCUUGCUUCCAGGAUGCUAUGGAAAACUCUGCUUUCAUCAUCCUUCUGCUGACCAAGAACUUCUUAUGCAACCUGUGUAUGUUUCAGACAGACACUGCUCUGAUGGAGUCCAUCCAGAAGCCAUCCAAGCGCCACUCAGUCAUCCCUUUUGUGCCCAAGGAGAACCCCCUGGAGCGGAGUCAGAUUCCCAGCGUGCUCUGUGGGCUGGUCCCCUUGGAUGAGAACUCUCCUAUGUUCUCCAGGAAAGUGCAGAACACCUUUGACUCCAGCAGGAUCAAGGAGAAGAAAGCCAUGUGGGACCAGAUGCAGAGAAAGAAACUGCAGCUCCAGCAGGAAUGGUACCAACCAUGGCAGAGCUUGGCUGCCCUGAGCCUUGGCGCCCAUCCCCAGCAGCCUCUGCCAGCAGCACAGCCACAGCUGCUGAAGCCACCACCCCAACAGUGGUGCCCCCCAACUUCAACUGUCCCUCCCCCUACCUACCCACCUCCCCUCAAUGGUCACCCCACACCUGCUCAGGUGGAUCCUCCUCCUUCCCAACCACUUCAGCUCCCCUCAGGCCACUACAACAUGAUGCCAGGUCCUGGAGGCAUCAUCAUUCAACAUGCUCGAAUGGUUCAGAUUGGGAACCACAACACGAUGCAGGUAGAAACUGUCACACCAGGGCCACAGCACAGUGAGGAGCAGACCAGGUAG